UCAAGAAAUUAAAUUAGUUGUACGUGCGUUAAUGAUAAACAUAAAGAAGACUGAUAUAAAAUUUUACUUUGGCGAAUAUAAAAAAACAGAAGAGAAAAAAGAAGAUAAAAUCAAUUUGAGCUAGGAUAUUAUUUGAUCAGAAAGAAGCAACAGAGAUAGCUAACGCUUGUAAAAAAGCGGUCUAAAGUUAUCACGUGUAUCGUCAGGAAAUAGCCAUGUGUUUUUGAAGAGUAUCAUUGUUUUAAAUAAUUAAUUCAAAUAUUCUUCUAUACAUUUAUUAAAAUGGCUGGCGCGCAACAAGCGCGACUGCAAGUAUAUGACUUGUUUGGAGGUUCACGGCGAGUUUUUUUUACAGAGAAAUAAACAAAAAUGUUUUUAACACACAAAACUUAUACUUAUAUGUAUCUUAUUGUAUCUUGUCUAUUUCCAAAAUAAUUAUAAAUAAUGGAUUGCCAACGACUCACCUGAACAAAUCGAGUGGCUCGCUUCGAGUAAUGUUUGUAGUGUUUUGAGCAAGUUUUUCACCUCUUGAGUGUUACGGCGCUGCCAUCUGUGAAAAAUUGAGCCAACUGUUUCGCAGCUUCGGAGAUCAAACGAUCACGUGGAUUUCUGUAAAAUUUGAACGUGCGCAGUUUACACACAGCGCAACACAAAUUGCCGAAACAAUUGUAGUAGCAGCAGGUAGCAGAUAUUUUUUUUGCAGCAACCGGAAACAAGAACGGAAGAUAUUAUGGCUGUUAGAAUAACAGAGAUUUUCAAUUCGUUUCAAGAUUAUCUGAACAAUGAACAAGAAAUACGCGAGCAAAUUCGUGUCAUUGUAAAAAAUAUUGAGAAGAGUGCCAGAGAUAUCGUGAUGAUAUUGCAAAAUAUUCACAAUACAGUGUAUGACACAGCAGAAGAGAAUGUAGCUGUAGCGGAAUAUUGCACAAAAGCAAGAGAAAUAUUUGGUGAAGUUAGAACGCAAUAUGCAACUUUAGCACAAGUGGUGCCAUCUAAUCAAUAUUAUCGCUACAAUGAUCAGUGGCGUUUUGUUACUCAGAGGUUGUGCUUUCUAGCUGCUCUAGUAACAUAUUUAGAAGUUAAGAUUUUGGUCACCAAAGAGGCUGUUGCAGAAAUAUUAGGAAUAAAAAAUAAUAGAGAGGACGGUUUCCACUUAGAUCUGGAAGAUUUUUUAUUGGGUCUGCUCCAACUGUCGGCUGAAUUGAGCCGUUUUGCUGUAAAUAGUGUCACAAAUGGUGAUUACGAUCGGCCCAUAGAAAUCGCAAGAUUCGUUAACGAACUGAACGCUGGGUUCCGACUGCUAAACUUAAAGAACGAUAUGUUAAGAAAACGUUUUGACGCGCUCAAAUACGAUGUAAAAAAGAUCGAGGAAGUAGUGUAUGAUUUAUGUAUCCGUGGUUUGAAACCAUCUCCACGGCCUACUGAAGACACGGCCCACUAAAUAGAUUUCUAUAUUUUUUGGUAUAUUUUAUAUUGAUAUAUCUUUACAUGUGCAUAAUACUAAAUAUAAAAAAUUUGAAAAAUAUAGUGUUCAUAUACAUAUAUAUAUAUAUAUAUAUAAUAUAUAAACGGCAACAGCUGGUUUUUGUUUAUAAGAAUUUUUACUGCCUUGACUUCACUGAUUUAAA